UGCCAAUUAAAAACUCUCUCUAAUUGAAAUAAACAUUUUUGGAGUAUAGACAACUAGCACGACGAAGUGUCAUUUUACCUGCAAAGUAACGCUCAGAUAUAUAACGCCGGCAGCUCAAUAAGCUCAUCGUUUUCCCAGCUCUGCUGCAUUCAUCCAAGAUCCACCGCCAUCAUCAUCAUCAUCAUCGUCAUCUAAGUCACGGCAACCCAGACGAAAUCACAGGAAACUUAUCAAUUGGCAUUCCAUUUUCCAGGGUCGUCUCAAGAUUGGAUCUUUUUGCCCUGUUUAGAUACCAUUUCUGCUCACCCUAUGUCAUCUCCAAGAUAAGAUUGUUGUGAUUAGUCCAUGAUUGGUCUAAAUGUCUGAGUCUGGGUCACAAUGGGUUGGAGAAGAAGGCUCCACAGCUGAUGAGAAUGGCAUUGGCGCUGUAGAAUCAACAAACAUUAACCAGGUGCUUCAUGCCAACAAACAGAGGGGGGAUUUUGGGGAUUUUGAAGAAAGAGAAACAAGUGAUGUAAAAAUGGCUGAAGAUGGAGGAAGAGAAGAUAUGUUUGUGGAUUGUCCAGAUGAGAUAGAGACUUCUGAAACAUCACCGAGUAUCGGGGAUAGGGAUAACAUACAGGACACUCAGGUUGAAGAAGAAAAAACCAGUGAGAAGAAAACACAUGAUUUUAAGGCUGAAGUAGAAGACUCGCAGACACCUCCUGCUGCACAAGAAAAUCUUAUUCAUGAAUACGAAGUCGAAAAAGCUCUAUUAAUGAAAGAACUGACUCAUCUUUGUAACCAACUCAAGGCCCUCAAAGAGCACCAACCAUCAUUAGUUAAUACUAUAGAUGACAAUGCGAGGGUUGAAGAUUCUCAUAAAAAUGAUACUGGUGUAGGGUCCACUGCAUCACUGCAUGGGAUGAUAUCUGAGUGCUGCAGUUUUCUUAUAGACGCUAUGCAAGAACGCUCUAACACUGAGAGCAGGAUAAGGGAACUCGAUGCAAUUUCACACAUGAAGGAUCAUGAAAUUGAGGCUCUCAAUACAAAGCUUACUGAGUUUUCUGUACUAAAGGAUGUUGCCCUUUCUCAUUUGAGUUCUGAACAAGAGUAUGCCUCAUGCAUUUCUGAGGUCCAAAUAGAAAAUAGAAAACUGAUGGAAGAACUUGAUAAGCACAAAUCAAUGCUUGAGGAGGCAAAUAUGGAAAUUGCAAAGCUUAAUGCUGAAGUUGAGCAGGAGAAGUCAAGAUAUACAAAUACUAAAGAGAAGCUUAGUUUGGCUGUGUCAAAAGGAAAAGCUUUAGUUCAGCAGCGUGAUGUACUGAAGCAAUCGUUAGCUGAGAAAACAAGCGAGCUGGACAAAUGUUUGGUUGAAUUGCAAGAAAAGUCAAAUGCUCUUGAGGUUGCAGAACAAACCAAGGAACUCUUGGCAAGAAGCAAUGAGUUAGCAACCUCACUGCAGGAUGCUCUCUUAGAAAAGGACAGUGUACUCCAGAAAUGUGGAGGAACAUUAUCAGAGACUUUUGGAACUGAAGAGCUUCCACUAGCAGAUAUUUCUGAGAACAUAAGGUGCCUUGCAGAUGAAAGGAAUUCAUUAAAGGACAUAUAUCUGAAAUUUCAAAAAGUUACAGAGGUCAUUUCGUCAUUUGAUUUUCCAGAAACUAUGCAAUCAAGCACAAUUGAUGAACGUAUUUCUUGGCUAGUAGAGUCUCUUUAUCUUGCUAAAGAAGAAGCUGGAAAGUUGCAGGAGGAGAUGGCUGCAUCUAAGGAGGCUGCAAAUAAUAAGAUUGGUCAGCUAAUGGCUGAGAAGAACUAUCUUCAUGGGAAGUUACAGGAGGAGUUAGGUGCAGCAAGAGAGGAAGCAAUUAAUGUAAUUGAUCGAUUAACUGCAUCCCUCUUAGUGGAAACACAGGAAAAAUUCUAUAUUAUGGAGGAACUGGGAAUUUUAAAUUGUAUUUAUGAAGACAUUUCCCGGAAAGAGCAUGGCUUGUCAAUGGAGAAGGAUCAUUUUGUCAAUACGCUGCUAGAGGCAGCUGCAUCCGUUAAACUAAAUGAUCGUGAAUUGGUCUGUCAUCAGCAGUCUGACAUAUCUGCAAUCAUUGAAAAAUGCAUAUUGAAGAUAAAAGAGGAGAACCCUUCCGUUGAAUCUUCUUAUAUUGAAUCGGAAUCUUUCCAAAAUACCCAAAAAGCUUUGUAUUCUAGGGAUCUGGAGUUGAAGCUUUAUGAGGCAAUUCUUGCAGAAGAGAUGCUGAAUAAAUUAGAACAUGAAAAUAUCUCAAGGGAGUUGGUGAUGGCCACUGAAAAACUAAAUGCACUGAAAGAAGAAAAUAAUUCUCUGCAUAUGAAUCUUGAACAAUAUGAGGAGAGAGUAGCUAUGCUUAAGGAAAAAUUGUCUAUGUGAUAGGAAUGGGCCUAUGGUAGAUAAUAAUAAUAAGUGGGCCUAUUAUUUUAGAUAAAAAAUGGGCUUGUACUAUAAAGAGUAAGGAAGGGGGGAGGGAAAAGGGAGGCUUUUGGACUUUAGGUCUGGGACUGGGAAGACUAUGGCAGUUAAAAAAGGCAAGGGAGUUGUUCAAGAGCGGGAAAACUUGAAAAGAACUUUGGAUGAGAAAAAUCUUGAGAUUGAAAAACUAAGAUCAGAACUUGAGCAGCAGCAGUCUAUGUACAGUGAGUGCAAAGAUCAGAUUGAAAAUUUAUCUGCUGGCCUGGCCCUCAUUCCUAAACUGGAAGCUGAUCUUGCUUCUAUCGAGGAACAAAAGCACCAACUCGAGCAGUUCUUGGUUGAGAGCAAUGGAAUACUACAACAAGUGAUGGAGUCAAUAGAUUGCAUUACUAUUCCAUUUGUUUCAGGUUCCGAAGGGCCUGUCCAGAAGGUCAAAUCACUCAUUGACUGCUUUGGAGAAUGCAAACAGGAAAAGAUAGAGGCACAGCAAGAGUUGGCAUUGGUGAAAGAUGAAGCCAAUAAUUUAGUUAACAAGUUAUUAGAAUCCCAGGAAGCCAUAAAAUCAUUGACAGAUUCCUUAUCUAUUGCUGAAAACAGUAUCCGUCAGCUUCAAGAAGAAAAGAAAGAACAAGAAUCUUCAAAGAGCUUAAUAGAACAAGAAUUACAAAGAACAAUAGAUGCCUUGUCCAAUACAGAGACCAGUAUCUCUCUGCUUAUAAAAGACAAAAAUGAACUGGAAUCAGUAAGAACUUCACUUCAACAGGAAUUGCAGAAAGCAGUAAGUGAAGCUUCUGCUGAGAAGAGUAAGUUUUCCGAGGUCUGUGCUAGCCAGAAAACAAUUGAAGAUGCCCUAUUACUGGCAGAAAAUAAAAUCUCAGCACUAAAGAAUGAGAAAGAAGAUAUUUUACGUAGUAGAGAUGAGACUCAAUUGGAAUUGCAGAAAAUACAGGAAGAAUAUUCAGCUGACAAAGGUAUGCUGGCAGAUGCGAAUGAAACUAUUCAGUCCCUUGAAGAUGCAUUGAGAAGGGAAAGGGAAAACAUUUCCCUUAUCGCAGAGGAAAACAAUAAGACACAGAUUGGUAUUACUCUUUUGGAGACUGAGAUUAAGAAGCUCAAAGAGGAGGCUGAAUCUCAAAAUAGCAAGCUUGCUGAUGCCUCAGUCACUAUAAAAUCACUAGAGGGUGAAUUGCGAAGUGCAGAGAACAAAAUUUUUGAUCUUGUUAAUGACAAGAAAAAUGCUGAAGAAGAGAUUUCAGAUCUCAAUUUUAAAUUGAGUAACUGCUUGCGAGAAUUGGAUCAAUCACACGGGAGCAUAGAGACAAAAGAUCUAGAGUUGUCAGGUCAUGUUAAAAGUCUUGUGAAAGAUGGGAAUUUGCUAUAUGCAGCAUGUCAAAGAUUAGAGCAGAAGUUUGAGAAAAUGAAUGAAAUGGAUUUUCAUCUUAAAGAAAUUGAGGACUGGUUUCCCGAAGUUAAUUUCAAAGUGUUGCAAUGUCAUCCUCUCUUAAAGGAUGAUACUUCAAGGUCAACAGCCUUUCUAUCUGGCUUUCACGAUGUUCCCAACAUGGAAAUGGCUAAUGGGGGACUAGAUGCAUCAAGUGAUGAGAUCUUGAAAACUGUGAAAGCACUCCAUCAUGGGAACAAAAAUAUUGCCGAUAGGUUUGAAGGAUACUCCACAUUGGUUGGUGAUUUGGUCACACUUUUUCCUAGGCUCAUGAAAUCGCUGAAGCAAAACAUGGAUGCUGUGGAAGCAGAUAAACAGUCACUGCAAAGUAAAACUGACAUGAUGGAAAGGAAUCUUAAGGUCUUGUAUUCUGCUUGUGUUGGUGCAGUUCAAGAACUGAGUACAGAGAAUAGCUCUUUUGUGAUACCAGAUAGUGUCGGCGAAGAUGAAAUUGUAUUUAAUUGCAUCAACUCUGAGAAGGUUGCUGAGAAGCUGUUAGAUGCUGCUAGACAUAGCCAGGGUCUGAGGAAACAAAUUGAAGAUGCAAAUGAUCAGAUGGUUGAAACCAUCAAAGAACUGCAGAACAAAUUGACAGAAACCAGUGUUAUUUGUGAAAGAGGUUUGGAAGAAAGGGAGAUAUACCUAAAAAGGAUCUCCCAACUGGAAAGUGGACUAGAUGAAGCGAAACAUUUGUGCAGUGAGUUGAGGCUUAAACUAGAAGAUUAUCAGGCAAAUGAGGAUCAUUUUAAGGAGACAAUGGCAGAACUUUCAGCUCUUAAAAGCACUGUUUCAUUGAAAGAGCAAGAGUAUGAAGGCACUCUGCUGUCAGCAUCUCAGAUGAGGUCCCUCUUUGAUAAGAUAAAUAAGAUUGAGAUUCCAUUAGGAGGUCAUGAGGUGGGGAAUCAGGAUAUUCAUGAGACAGCUGAUGUGGGAAAGCUCUUUUAUGUCAUUGACAGUUUUACUGGGUUGCAGAACCAGACAAACUCGUUGUCUCAUGACAAAAAAGAGUUACAGUCAACUCUUGAAAACAAAAACUUUGAAAUUGAAAAUCUGAAUGAAGAAAUGAAGAAACUCAGCAGAGAUGAGAAAGAUUGUGAAAAGAUGAAGGAUGAGUUAUUAAAGGUAAAAAUAGGUUUGGAAAAUGUUAUUCAGAAAUUCGGAGAAAACAAUUUGCUUGGGGCUCAAAAAGUAGCUGGUGUUUUGGGAUUACUGCCCGUGGUUGAAAAGCUGGUCAUGACCGUAAUAUAUGAAUCAGAAAAUUUGAAGUCCCAAAAAGCAGAACUUGGUACACAAUUACUUGAAAUGAAAAAAAAUUUAGAUGAGUUAUCAUGCAAGGCUAGAUCACUCGAAAGUUCUACUCAAGUUUAUGUAAUCCCUGGGGAUAUCGCUCCGGAAAGGGUUAUGGCUGCAGCAGCUUCCUUGCCUGCUCAGUCUGAGAUUUCUGAAAUCCAAGACCUGGGCUCCAACCCUAAUAAUAGCGCAUCUACUUCAAUCCCUUCAGCCGCUCACGUGCGAACUCUGAGAAAGGGAUCUACAGAUCACCUCGCAGUCACUAUAGAUUCUGGAACUGAGAGAUUACUAAAUCAUGACGAAGCUAGUGAAGACAAAGGUCACUUAUUCAAAUCCCUUAUAACGACGGGACUUGUUCCAAGACAAGGGAGGCUUCUUGCUGACCGGAUUGACGGAAUUUGGGUGUCAUCCGGGCGGGCACUAAUGAGUCGUCCACGAGCAAGAAUAGGUCUCAUUGUUUAUUCAUUUUUGCUGCACAUAUGGCUCUUGGGCACCAUAUUGUGAUGUGGUGGCGAUUCUCAACAGUGCUAGAUUCCAUUGAUGAUUGCUUUGUAGUUGUAGAAAUAGGGCUCUGUCUAGCCUGCCAUUAUAAUCUUCUGCAUUUUUCAUAGGUUCCUUAUUGCCAUAAAAUGUAAUUGGUAUAUACAUUUUUUAUGGGGCAAGGGCGCAAGGCUAGGGGGUGGUUAUAUUGCAGGAGAAGAAAUGAAAUUUGAGGCCUAUAUGGUUUAAAGUUUAUGUCAUUGGACUGUAUGGCCUUUGCAAAAGAUACAAUAAUGUUAGGUUCUCUACAUCGCUGAGAACUGAACACAUUUUAUAUAUACAUGAUAUACAGUUUACACUUUGGUCAAUAA